AUGGCAUCAGAAGACCCAUUCACAUCGAUAAAAUGGGAUAGAGAAGAGGAAAGUAAGCACAGACAGGACCUGCGGGACCAAGACAUUCCGGAAGAGGGCCAUGACGGUUCAGACAAUGAGGAUCCCAGCAAGUUGGCCCUCGAACAGGAUCACCCAGUUGAGACUUCCACUAUAGCUCUGAGCGAACCAAAGGCUUCAGAAGAAGAACCCAAAGAUUCCGAGGACCCUGCUCCUCGAGACAGUACCGCCGAGGCGCUUGCAUUGGAUACCGCCUCCGGGCCAUCCUCCCCUUUGAAUACCACAGAUGUGCCUGAGGCCACUCCGCAGGCAAACAUAACUUCUGCAAUUCCUACGGAAGACGAAUUGAAGCAGGAUGAACUCAGGCAACAGGAAUUUAGUGAGAAUUUCGAAAAGUAUACCAUUGACCUGCGAGUGAGCCACCCUAUCAGUGACAGAGACGCUAAUGCAAAGCAGUACAUAUCAUACCUCAUCACAACGACAACAAACCAUCCGCUGGUGACGAAGCUUUCUAGUGUGAAGCCAGAGAAGGACGACCUGUCUGUGACCGUGAAGAUAAGGAGGCGUUACGGAGACUUCAGGUUCUUGCAUAAUUGUUUGGUAAACGAUUUCCCACAGUCAUUAGUUCCUCCACUCCCGCCAAAGCUGAACUUCAAAUACCUUACUGGCGAUACGUUCAGCACAGCUUUUGUGCACAAGAGACUCCACUCCCUUGAUACGUUCAUCAGGUUUAUCUGCCAACAUCGGUACCUUUCUCAGCUGUCUGUUUUUCAUUACUUCAUAAGUGACUCCACCGAAUGGUCAACUUUCACCAAAAAUCUCUCUGUCUCGAAGAACUCUGCACCAGAAGAUGCCGAGUCGGGCGGAUUCUUGGGCAAGGUGGUCAACGAGGAUUUGCUCACCGAGACCGUCAUGAACUACUUCACCUCCUCAAAGCAUAAGCGAGAAACCAACAAGGAUAUACUCGAGAUAAGUGACAAGCUAAAGAAGCUCUACGAGAACCUCAUCAAGUUGGACAAGAUCUUUAGCAAGCUCAACCGCAAACAUAGCGACUUGAAGCUAGACUACGAGCAGUUUUCCUUGCAGAUUAACAAAUUGGCUACUAUCCAAAACGUCACGACACAAGCGAAUGAGAACCUGAAGGUUGAUCCUAACCUGUCUCUAAAUUCAAUUCCAAGCGAGAACCCCGUGUUUCAGAACAAUUUCAAAGUGUUUUCAGACUCCCUAUUAUUCUUCUCUGAACAUUGGUCUUCACUUCAUCAAUACGUCGACGAGUCGUUUUUGGUUUCUUUGAAAGACUGUGCAAAGUACAUCAUACGUUUUACAGAGCUCAUUGAGCUUCAGCACAACAAGAAGAUCGAUCUUCAAGUGCUUGAAGAUUACUUAGCGAAAGCUAGAGCAGAUUUGGCAAGUUUGGGUGGGCACACAGGUGGCAAUCAUGGUCCAGGGCCAACUCCGGUGAUGGUAAGUCAGCAGAGAGGCAUUGUGAAUAACACCACUCAGCUCAUAAAGGAUACCAUUUCCACAUCAGCCACGCCUCAUAUUGGCUCAACGCACUCCGAUAGCAAAAAGCAAAAGCUACAGCAGAGAGUCAAUCAGCUUGAGAGCGAGAUCAAGUCACAGACCCAGCUCGUCAACCAUCUCACCAGUAGAAUCAUCAACGAAGAAUACCCUAACUGGGACAGGUUCAACAAAAGGCUGUUGAAAAAAUCCAUGGUUGAUUUGUGCGACCAAGAGAUUGACUUCUAUAAGAAAUUGGUGGAUAAUUGGGGCGACGUCGAGAGUAAGCUUAUCGAUAGGCUUGAAGAGCUCUCCUAA